CAGAAUCAUAAACAUCUUGUGAAAAUGUUUUAGGUAAUUGUAUAAUACUAAUGAAUAGUUAAUCAAUGAAUCUUACGUUUAUCCCUGUCCCAAAAGGAUGAAAAUAAUCCUUCCUGCAAAUAUUUGUGUUAUAGAUACUAACUGGAAGUGUCUCCAAAGAUGGAAAUUCCUGCUCCUAACUUGACGAGAGAUUCUGCAGAAAUACAAUACUGUUUCCCUAACCAGAAAGGAUCCUGCCUACGAAGUCAAACAGUGAUACUCAUCAAAGUGGCCAUGUAUAUAUGCAUGGCUUUCAUCAUUCUGAUUACUGUCUGUGGAAACCUGCUGGUCAUCAUCUCCAUCUCUCAUUUCAGACAGCUCCAUUCUCCAACAAACCUCAUCAUCCUCUCUUUAGCAUUCACCGACUGGUUUUUGGGGGCUUUCAUUAUGCCAUGUAGCAUGAUCAGAUCUGUGGAAAACUGUUGGUAUUUUGGAGAAACAUUUUGUAAGAUACACUCCAGCGUUGACAUCAUGAUGUCCAUUGCAUCCCUCUUGCAUCUGGGACUCAUUUCUGUUGACAGAUAUUUGGCCAUCUGUAAGCCUCUUCAGUACAGGACCUCAGUAACCAUGCACAAGGUAGCAGCCCUUAUUGGAAUCACUUGGAUGUUUUCCUUUGCAUUUGGGUUUGGGGUGAUUCUCUCCAAAGUUAAUCUAAUCGGUGUGGAAGAACUGUUUAUAAAUUCUUGCACAGGUACCUGUAUUUUAUUUUUCAAUAAGCAAGGCGGGCUUAUGGCUGCUUUUCUGGGCUUCAUCAUGCCAUGCACAGUGAUGAUGGUUCUCUAUAUGCAUAUUUUCUAUGUAGCAAAGGUACAAGCCAGAAAGAUCAACUGCAGCCUGACAAUGACAGGUGCAAAACAAGAUAAAAAGAACUGUGCAUCUGAACAGAGAGAGAAAAAGGCUGCAAAGACCCUUGCCAUUGUACUGGGUGUUUUUCUGUUGUGCUGGUUGCCAUUUGUCAUGGUGCUCAUUGUGGAUCCAUUCUUUAAAUUUUCUACUCCUGCUGUUGUAUUUGAUGGACUAAUGUGGUUGGCGUACUUAAAUUCUUCCUGCAACCCUCUCAUUUAUGGAUACUUCUAUCCCUGGUUCCAGAGGGUCUUUAAAAUUAUAAUAUCAGGGAAGGUUUUUCAGAAUGGCUCUUCAUUACUAAACAUUUAUGCAGAGAGCAAGUGA